ACUUUUAGUGAAAUUAAGCGUGCUUACUCGUGCUAACAUUUGUCACUCUCUCUUCCUCUGUAUAAAGGGUGUGUCAUACAAUCGCGUUUCCGUAAUAUUCCGCGGUACACAAUGUCAUGCCUUUACAGUGCAGGUGAUCACUCAUGAAUCAGCGAAAUCAAAUUUUUCUCGAUAUCGUAAAAAAUGUUUACCUCGAUCGUAUGUUUAGCGAAAUAUGUAUCGGAAAUAUGUAUUAAAUUAAAAUCGUUCUUGUUAUCUGUUUCGUAAGAAAUGAUAAGCUACCGUGUUACUUCGUAAGAAAAAUGGCUGGUAACAUAACCAGUUACUUAUUAACGAAAAAAAAACUGUUAACUGUCGAAAAAAGAGGAAACGGGAAUAUAACAAAUAGGAAUAGAGUAAUGAAAAUGGACUACAUAAUUAGUAUUAAUGGUUGCGUGACACGUAAGACAUAUAUAGGGGAAUUUCAUAGAUAUACGUCCAGAUGCUCGAAUUAAAAACCGUCACUGUAGGUUAAUGAAAAUAUUUUCUGACUAAAUUCAAAAUCUUGUAUAUAAUUCUUUAAGUAGGUACGUAUACAUAUUUCCGUUCGAACAUUGACGAACGACUGACCCAAAAACAUUGUACAUAUUUCAAUUAUUUAAAAAAUGAUGUCUAGCAGCUUUCGUCUUCCAUAGCAACUAUAAUCCGAUAUUAUAAUAGAGCAUUCGAUGUUCUAAUUCGAUCUUAAUUUCUGAAUUAAAGAAUCAGACACGGCUGACCUGUAUUACAAAGAGUCAAUUCGUUGAAUUACGGUCGCAGUGAAUCUGAUUAGGACGAACGUUAGAACAUUUUCAACGAUUCUCUGUACAAUUUUUUACUUAGUCGGCAUCGUCAAAUGUAUGAGUAAGAUAAAUUUGGUCGAAGUAGGAAAAAAUGAUAGAAUCUAUUUUUCGGGAUACGAGUUAUGACUUUAAGAAAGAGAAGAAUGUAAAAUUGAGAAAAUAUCAAUCGUACAAUAUGCGAGUACAUAUAUAUUAUAUAUAAGAGAAAUAAAAAUAUUUGAUAUGUUCUCGACCGCCGGCAAUUUAUCCUUGUAACGAGCGGUAUAGUUUCGAAGAGACGCGAACGUCGAAGUACAAUGGAGUGGGGAUCUCGGUGGCUGUCGUCGUAAUAGAAGCGAACUCAGUCGUUUUGCGGCGCGCAACCUGUUAGCGUCGUAGUAUCGUGUAUGGUGAUACGAUCUACGGUUUCGUUCCAUUUAACGUUCGUUUAUACGAUUUCUUUGUUCAAAUAGAAAUCUCGUAGUGUUUCGUCUGUUCGCGAUUAAAAUGUAAAAAGUAUUACUUUUACGUAAAAAGUAAUUGGAAAUUCAUGUUCCGAUAUCGUCGAAGGAAAGGAUACGGAUCGACACGCCAGGUCCGGGUUGACGAACCCUCUGUGAAAGAGGCGGACACGUCGGUUCCGUAAAAAUGCAGCGCGUCGUUGGAGCAUUUGGUUAACACGCAAUAUACCUGCAAGUGGCGCGCGAACGAUACUCGGCAAACAACGUUGUGAAAAUCCAGUCAAACAAGGGAGCAGUUUAUUGCGUUGCACUUGGAAUAGUAAGGAAACUGAUCAAGAAAAGGAAUUUCUCGGUAUAUGUAUUCGGAACGACGACAACAACAACAACAACAACAACGACGACGACGACGACGACGACGACGUAUCGACAGCACAUUGUUGGAUCGCUGCCCUCGAGAGAAUCGAGUUUCAAUCUCGAAUCGAUGGAUUUUGAAACUCAACCGACCAAACUUAUAUAUAGUACGAGCGAUCGUGCCUUGCGAAGUAACCACUUUGCAUCGGGCAAAAAUAUAUCGUGAAUUCGUACAACGUGUUUGAUAACAAUACAUCUGAUUGAUCGUUCGAUCCGAAUUCAGUGAUAUGUGUGAAGAGAACCGAAGGCAGGAAGGGACGCGGAGAUAGGAAACGUGCGUGCUGGAUGAGUGGUGUGUCAGUGGGAACGAUUUCGUUCAUUUUGUGUCGAUAAAAAGAUUCGGAAGCCGCUAUAUUGGAGAAAAAGCGAGAAAGCGGCGUGCCGCUCUUCUGUGUACCGCGGCAAAGGCGAUCGUCGCAGCCCGAAAAUAAUGAAGAGAUGAUCGCAAGCCUACCGAUACACAGCGGCGGCGUCGGCGGCGGUGGAGGAGGAGGAGGAGGAGGAGGGGGAGGAGGAGGAGGUGGAGGCGGAGGCGGAGGUAGCAGCAGUGGGCCGAGUAGCCGCGUGGGUCGUGGUCUGGCCCUUCAUAGGUCAAAUUCGAGUUUAGAGCUUCCUCACAGUCCAACGGAUCCUGGGUCUCGCGUACCGGAAACUCCCCUGAGGAGGGAGUAUGGAUCUCACGGAAGCAUCGAUAUAGUGGCUCAAUCGGUAACGGUCGGAGAGAAUUUGUUCGCGAUGCUACAGGACUUGAGGCCGUCGACGUCCGUGCCGACGGCGACUACCCCCCAGGCAUCGGAUCAACGGUGUUCGGUUGGAAUGGAGUACCUGAGACGCGUGCCAGACGGGCAAAUGGUCGUGGACACGGACGAAGUCUGCGGUCCGACCGGUAACUCCAGUCCCAAGUUACGAUUGAAGCUGCAGAGAUUGUGGGGUGCGAAGGCCCAGCCCCGGCCCAUGGAGGAGAGCUGCAGCAGCCCUGUCGGUGUCUCAGCCGACGUGGAGGAAAGGCACAGAAGGCGAGCGUUCGCUCACUACGAUUGUCAGUCGCUCACCGCGAAUCUCGGCUACGCAGCCAAGCUGAGAGGUAUUCUGCUCGCCAGAAGAAGGAACACGGCGACUGGCGCCUCAGCCGCGAGUUCCUUCAGAGCGUCGACUCCCGACGAGGCGCCGGAGGAGGACGCCGGUGACGGUAGAGGUAACAAUUUACUGGAAUCGUGUCCCUUCUUCCGAAACGAAAUCGGCGGCGAGGGAGAACGGGAGGUGGGCCUUACUCGAUCCUCUCCAGGCAAUGGAGUUCACAGACCAUCUUUGUCGUACGGUGUCGCGGUUUUGGAGCCAGCGCCUGGCGAAACAUCCUGGAAGCAUAGUUGUCCUCUGCAGAAACGGCCGCUACCUAUCGAGAGCAUCGACGAGGGUGCUCAUUAUUACAGACGGUAUUUUCUCGGUCGAGACCAUCAGAAUUGGUUCGGUAUGGACGAACAGCUGGGUCCGGUUGCCAUCAGCAUUCGAAAGGACGCCAAUCAGUAUAGAAUAAUAGUUCGUACUUCUGAGUUGUUGACGCUUCGCGGUUCGGUCCCGGAAGAGGUUCUCGGUGGUAUAAGGCCACAGGGCAGGUUACCGACCCGAGAAUUGCUGGAGUUGGUCGCGCCGGAGGUUCAACUCGGUUGCCUCCGUUUAGGAACUCCUACCGCCGAGGAAGCUUUGGCUAGAUUGGACGAACAGGGACUUUCCAAUAAAUACAAAGUGGGCGUUCUUUACUGCAGAUCCGGUCAAAGAACUGAGGAAGAAAUGUACAACAAUCAGCACGCCGGACCUGCUUUUCUCGAGUUUCUCGACACAAUCGGUCAAAGAAUCAGGCUGCGAGGAUUCGAAGGGUACAAGGCCGGUUUAGACACGAGAACCGAUUCGACCGGCACCCACGCAGUCGCCGCGACCUAUAGAGGGGCGGAAGUAACUUUUCACGUGUCAACGAUGCUACCCUUUACGCCGAAUAACAGACAGCAGCUGCUCAGGAAGAGGCACAUUGGAAACGAUAUAGUCACGAUCGUUUUUCAGGAACCUGGUGCGUUACCGUUCAGCCCGCGAAGAAUACGCUCGCAAUUUCAACACGUUUUCAUCGUGGUCAGAGCGGUUGACCCAUGUUCCGACAACACUCAGUACAAGGUAGCCGUUUCGAGGAGCAAAGAAGUACCAAUUUUCGGGCCACCAGUUCCUCAGGGUGCCACGUUCACCAAGGGAAAAGCGUUCGCCGACUUUAUCUUGGCGAAAGUGAUCAACGCGGAAAAUGCCGCGCACAGAUCCGAGAAAUUUGCCACCAUGGCGACUAGGACGAGGCAAGAGUACUUGAAGGACCUCGCUAGCAACUAUUCUUCUACCACGAUGGUCGACACCGGGCAAAAAUUUUCUAUGCUGUCGUUCAGCAGCAAGAAGAAAACGGCCGUACGUCCGAGACUAUCUUGCGACGCUUUGCAGCGUGGCGCGAUAUGCUGGCAGGUGAUACUGGAAGAUAGCAAUCAGAACACGGAUUCCUAUCUAGGAAUAAGCGUGGAUACGAUCGUCCUGAUCGAGGAACACUCCAGACAGAUCGUAUUCGUUACUCCAUGCGCCAGCGUACUCGGAUGGCAUGCUCAAACAAACAGCUUGAGAUUGUACUAUCAUCAGGGAGAAUGCAUUACGAUUCAUGUGCGAGGCGACUAUGGGGAAAGGGACGAAUUAAUGGAGAUAGUGGCACGUUUGCGUGCAGUAACACCAGGAUCCCCGGCCACGGAACUCUCUUUGAAGAGAAACAGCCUGGGACAGUUGGGUUUUCACGUUCAACCUGACGGUGUGGUGACGCAAGUCGAAAGUCUGGGACUCUCUUGGCAAGCGGGAUUGAGACAAGGGUCUAGGCUUGUCGAGAUCUGCAAAGUAGCCGUGUCCACACUGAGUCACGAUCAAAUGGUCGACUUGUUAAAAACGAGCGCUCAGGUCACUGUGACCGUGAUACCGCCCAACACCGACGGUAAUCCCAGGAGAGGAUGUACGUUGCAAAACUGCCAGUAUUUGUCAACGAACUACGAAGGUGACUACGAGAAUGUAACCAGUCCCGAUAAUACGCCGGCUCAGCAGACAGCCAUGUCUCAUCAGAGACGUUACGAGCGAUCGUUCAGUCCGCCACGAUCGAGCAACAGUUCCGGCUAUGGGACAGGAUCUAGUUCUAGGUCGUUCAACGAUCCACGCUUCCCCAUGGAGGGUACGAUGACCAGUAGUAGUAGCGGGCAUAGCAGCAACGACGAUCGUUGGUACGAGCUUUUGGAGCCGCAAGACCAAGAGGGCACUGGAUACCGUACUAGUACCGGUACUCCUCCACCGCCCCUCCCAGCCAGACAAUCCUUUCAGAUGAUCGCUUCGAAGUCUUCGUCCCAGAGGAAAGACAAGGAAUCGCAUUAUGCGAGUAGCAAACAGUUUUCAGAGAAUUCGAAGCAUCAUCACGGUCAGCAACAGCAGGAUCAUUACGCGAAAGAUGGCAAUUACGCGUCAUCGAAAGCGGUGCAGGCUGAUAACAAUGCGAGACACGAUAGUUAUCAAAGGCAAUUGGAUAACGUUCAUCGUUCCAGUCAGGAUCACGUUCCCUCGAGUUACGUGAAGCUUCAAAAAGAAAAGUACGAGAUCAGCAAGCAAGAAAAUCUGUACGCCUCUCAGAGGGAACUUCAGAAAAACGUUACACACCAAAAGUUGAACUCGUCGAAUUCUUUGCCUUUAGCGCAGAACGCGUCUUAUAGCCUCCCAAAGUCUAGUAGUAAUAACAAUCUUGGAUCCAGGUGUAACGAGUACGAGCAGCAGCAACAACACGACGGAAAAUUGGAGAGAAAUUCUAAAUACGAUGGGCAGGACGAAAAGGUGCUGCUGCUGGAUCGAACGUCGUCCAAGUACGAGCAAGAUUCUAGAGCCCAUGAGAAAAGAACAGCGACGGUCAAUUACGAAUAUGCCGAAGAGAUAUACGAGAGACGAAACAGCAAAUACGAUAUGGAUAUCGGCAAGUAUGAGAUUGACUGUCAACACGGCGUUACCGAAAGGAAGCACGCCGGCACCGGUAGCGGUGAUAGCGUGGAACAAAAUCGAGAAUCGAUCAGAUACGAAUUACCGCACGAAUUUAAAGUCGGGGAGAAGGUUACCUGUCUAAAGACUAGCAUCAGCGAGAGACCGGUCCCUCACAAGAUAAACGUCGAGUAUCGUCAAACGAAAGACUUUGCCGCGAGUCUUCCGCCGGAAGUUAGAAUUGGCGAUACCGUUGGUAAUUGCCUAGAGGUGGCUACUCUACCCAGCGAGGACGAACUAUCGAACGGAUCCGGAAGCGUAUCGCCCCGACUGAGAAGAGCAACGAACAAACAUCGACCCGGAAAUCUGACCCCUUCGAGCGGUGGUUCGAGGAAUCAGAGUCCCAGGCCGAAAAGUGCGGGAGUACGAAAUUCUCAUAGAAAUUCCGCGAAUUUAACUUCGAGCACUCUUCAAGAGGAUCUCAUGAAGCUGAUCAAUCCCGAUUACAUGGCCGACGAUGAUCAAAUAACGAACAAUAACGUAACCGGAAACGCACUCAUCGCCAAUCAUAAUCCCAACAAGAUCAACAACAAUAUACUCGAGAUUCAAAACAGGUGUAGAUCGAGAGAAAAUUUAUGCGGCAAUGGCGGCAAUGCGUUGACCGUUCUACCAACGAACAGCCAAGAGAACGGAACCGGAUCCGAAGUAAUCCUAACGAUGGCUAGACCGGCCACGGUCAUUUCGAACGCAAGCACCGCGUCCAGUCCUGCGCCGAGCGAGAACAAGUUGUCGAAGGAAGAGAGAUUGUCACCGCGUGUUACCAAACCUCCCCAUUCGAUUUCCAAAGCAUCGACCAACUUGACGUCCGUCAAAGACGCGAAAAAUCAUAACGAUACGGACGUGGAUCGUUGGCAAAAUCACCACGUGGAUUCUAGAUCAAAGCAGCACGCCCAAGAGUGGUCCAACGACAGACUUAUCGAUGGAUGCAAUACCAUCGCAAAUUCCGUGUCGGAUUUGCAGUCGCAUCUGUCUACGCUCGAACUAAGAGUAGCCAGAGAGACACGCCGAAGGCUUUCCCUGGAAGACGAGGUGCGCCGUUUGCGAGACGAAAAUCGACGCCUACAGGACGAAAGCCACGCGGCUGCGCAACAGCUUCGACGUUUCACCGAAUGGUUCUUCCAAACGAUAGACCACCAAUAAUUCCAAAAUAACGAAAUUCGAAUAUCUUCGUUGGAAGACAGUCGCGUCCAAACAAUCGUUUGCUCUUUACUUCUCUUCUUUUUCUCUCUCGUUUUUUCUACGAUCGUGCUGCCAAGUCACACGAUCACCCUUUUGUAACACCAGUAUUAUACUAGUUUUGCGUUUCUCCGGAUUUAAAGAUUAAAGGGCGCGAAUCAAAGGCGUACAUCGUUCACGAUAUCGCGAGCAUCGUAUUCAUGGUUAGUCUCUGUAUCAUAGAUUUAGUUUUAGAUAGUUAUAAGGGUACAAAGUAAGUUACCAUCGGAUUGCGCUCUAUCCAACUACGAUCGAACGUUUAAAAUUAAGAGCUAGCGCGUAGAUAAGAGAUAGUAGCGGCGGUUUUAGUGCACCGCGUGCACUCGGCGUAACGUUGCUUCGUUCGCGAUGUGCGUUAAUCACGAUUACGUGUGUUACUUUGAAACGACCAAAUAUUCCUAGUUGUAUAAGAAUCAUCUUAAUUCAUUCGUAAUUUAUUACGUAUUUUUUGUAUCAUCGUUAAGAUUAAGGAAUCAUUUCCGUGCGUGUUCAAAAAUUGAGAAACAUUCCUUGUUCACGAAACGCCAUGUCGAUCGUGUGCCUUGUUCAACCGAAGCAUAUGCGUACGUUUGUCGCCAAGAAGUUUACAUAUUCUUCGCGAAGACAAAAAGACACGGCCUGUCGACGAGCAGUCUGUAAAAAAACGAUGAGACCAAUCGAUAAUAAAAAGAAAUGCACACCUCA